AUGGACAGGCAUCCCAAGCGAAGAGCGCAAAUGACAUUCAAGAAAAGUGAACCAAGUCAAAACGAAGAUGACAGUGGGCCUACAGCUAGUAAGAAAAAUGCAAGUGAAAGCGAGGAACCUGCAUCUUCAACAGAGAGGCAUCGAGGUGAUGGAGAACAAAAAAGACCAGUGGGUAGGCCUAAAGGCAGUGGACGUUCUGGAAAUAGUGUUAUUGGAGAUGUUCAGGUUAGGCCUAAAGUUAUUUUUAAAGCUGAUAAUAAAUGGGGUGGUGAUGGAGAGCUAAUGCCCACAAGUUCAACACACCUCAAGGGAGCCAUUCAAGGUCGAACAGUUACAUUUGAAAAGGAGAGCGUAUCAUCAUUAGCCAGUAAACAGAGUAAAGCCACAUUUGAUUAUCCUACGACAUCUCAAGUGCUGGUCAUCAAGGAGGAGAUCAUCACAACUGCUCCAGGUCAGGCCAAGAUCAAAGUUGACCAAGAACCUGCAACAACGCAUCAUCAAGGAUGUCCACCUGUGGCUCCCACUAUAGACUUCUCCAAACCGAUCCAUGUUGUCCACGAAAAUGGGAUGACCUUCACAGUAUUGGAUGGUAAAGCCAUAACGCUCAGCAAAGUUCCAUACCCACCACUUGUUCAUGUGAAUGUUCCGCCACCCCCAGCAAAGGUGAAGACUAGAGGGAUGAAUCUCACCAUGCCACCAUCAGAAGCAGAAAAUCUUGAAGUACCACAGAGCAUAGACAGGAAUGGCUACAUCAAGAGGCCUAUGAAUGCGUUCAUGGUCUGGGCGAGAAUCCACAGGCCUGCCCUGUCCAAGGCCAACCCAACAGCCAAUAAUGCAGACAUCAGUGUGCAGCUAGGAAUAGAGUGGAGCAAGCUUACUGAGGAAGAGAAGAGGCCCUACUAUGUUGAAGCACGUAAACUCAAAGACAAGCACAGACAGGAGUUCCCAGGUUGGAUCUAUCAGCCCAGACCUGGAAAAAGAAAGUGCUACCCUUCUGUGAUGUCCUUUGCGCCUGAACCAUCUUGCUGCUCUGCAGGGACAAGUGGACCUGCGGCUGAGUCUUAUCCCAUGACCAUGAUGACUAUGGCCAAUACUAACACCAGCUCCUGUGUUCCAUACACACAGGCCACAGGCUCUAAUGACCAUGGUCUCCAGGUGGCUAUAACGGCAGCUCCAAAUGCCUCUCAGACUACCAGCCCAGUCUCCAUAUUCUUCCAGACUACUGCCUGCCCACAUCCCCACCCAACAGCCACAACCUCUGGUGGUAAGCCUGCAGAACGCAAGCAUGAAGCCAAUCACUCUGCCAGCAAUCCUGAAGAAGCUCCCAAACCCAGAAAAAUCAGCAGGCAACAGGCCUACUACAAUUCUGCCAAUGAGAUGCCCUCAACAAGCAUGGCAUCCAGCUCCAGAGGUCUCCAAAUGCCACUCCCUAACAUGGCUCACCCUCGCAUGUAUCCUCCAUCUCCCAUGUCACAUCCAGUGGGCCUCUUCCCCACCCCUCGCUUCCCCUUUGCUCCUCCCUACUUCAUGCCUGGACCCAAUUUUUAUCCUCCAGGAUCAUACCCUUACCUACACAGCCCAUACUCCUACCCAGUUCUCCAACCCCAGGAUUUCUCAAACCCCAUGGCUACUCCCAUGGCUACUCCGGGCUACCCCUAUGAUGACAACUACGAUCAGCAUGAGUCCACAUUUUCCCUUCUCAACAGAGACUACCCGUUUCGGCAGAGUGGAGAGGGCGGGCAGAGAUGUCAAGGGCAGGCCCCCACUGCCUCUGAGCUCCUAGGUUCGGUCCCACUUCUGGACGUACGUGCCCUGGAGAACGUCUUCACCAACUCUGCCAGUGUCCAGGAGGUCCAAGUCCCCAAUGAGGAAGAUGAGGAAGAUGUGCGCGUGAUGAGAAUUCUCUAG